AUGCAGAAAGGGGUUCCAAUGCACCGAGUUCCCCAGCCCCAACAUCAGCGAUGCCGAGUUAAGCUACAGUGCCUGGUACUCGGUGCAGCUGGUGCCGGAAAGACGUCCCUCUUGAGGCGAUAUUUUCACAAUGCCUUUCAGGCUGGAACUCGUGUGCCUACGCUAGGCUCCGACUUCUAUACGGGACGCGUGCCGAAUCCUUUGCAGGAGCAUAAUUCGUCGUCUACGGAUUCACAUGUUCUCAUCAAUCUUCAAAUGUGGGAACGCAGCUGCUUUUGGCUGAAGACGGGCGUAAACUCAGAGUUCUUUUUCUUUCAGGAUACGCCUGGUCGGGAACGAUUCUAUUCGAAACGUCAAAGGCGACACACCGACGCAGCUUCAUUGGGGGCAUCGUUCUUCCGGCAAGCUGAUGCAGUAAUGUUGGUCUACGACAUGACAUCUUCAACAUCGUUUACACAACUUUUGAAAUGGUAUGCCGAUCUGGUGGACCUUUGUCAAAGCAAGCCUGUUCCAAUUUUGAUUGUGGCGAAUAAACUGGACCUCUUCAUUGCUGACCAGCAACGCGCUUCGACGUGGGUCCAUCCCCGUAGAGUUUCGCAACGAGACGUCCUGGGACUCGCUGGGUCCUUUCGAGGCAAUGACUUUCGGUACGAGUAUCGUGUUUCUACGCAGUUAUCCCCCAAUCCGAUGAAGAAGAAACAUCAACGGAAACAAAGCCACCGCAGAAUGGAGAUCUCCAGCUUUCUUGCCAAUCGUGAAAACUGGACAACCGACGGAUCCUAUUUAGAAUCCUUGCUUAAUUCGGAAGACGCUUCGCACCCGGAUCGUGAAAUGGUUUUGCUUUGGUGCAUGCGAAACGGUUUGAAACACGUUGAGGUCAGUGCCGCUACUGGCGAGCAUGUCGAUGGAGCGAUCGAUGAGCUCAUCCGUCUCGCCUUGCUCACCAAACAAAGCAAAAAUUGCGACACGAAAGCAGACCUAGUGGGCAUUGAAAGCCAACCUUUAUAUCAACGAAACGAUGAGUUGAACGUUCAAGAAAGGUAUCAGUCUAAUGAGGAUCGAUACCUUUUUCAGCAAAGGAAAAAUAUGAUAUAA